GGGGGCCGCCCAGUCUGCCCCAGAUCACGUUUGCCCCUAGCAGCCAACCAGUCAGGCCCGAGUCCGCGGGCCAAAAGCGAUUGGGGGCGAGUGAGCUCGGCCCCACAGUCUCCCCCCCCCCCCCCGCCCGAUACGGGUGUCCCCCGCCCGAGCCCGAGCCCGAGGAGGUAUAUCCUGCCCCGCCGGCCACCUCCCCUCGUGGAAGCGGAGCGGCGGCCUCGCUGGAGCGCGGAGGCGAGAUGUAGCGAGCCGGGGGGUCGCGGCUGGACGCUCGCCUUGGCUGGGAGUGUGGGGGGGCAGGCACGCCGCCGGGGGCCGAGGAGGAGGACUGCCGAGGAGGAGGAGUGAUGAGAAGAGGGGGCUCCCUGCACUCCCCGAGACCACGGGCCCUCGCUGCCACUCGCCAGGCGCCCUCCUUCCUCCUCAGCGAGGACCAGAAGGUAUUCCGCACAGUUUCUCGUGACUUGAAGGACCGGGCAUUCUGGGAGGUUCGAGGUCUUCCCAGGAAGGAAGGGGAUCUCGGGAAGAAAGGGGAAGGACGACAGGCACUGCCCUGGGACCAGCAGAACCGGAGGAGCUGUGGGAAGCUUCGGGACACCAGCCAGAGGCGUGGGAAGAAGCCCCAGCCGCGGGCCCACGCUGCCUUCUGAAAAGAACUGGACUCAAACCACUUUUCAUGCAAGAAGGGCCGCCUCGGAGGUUACCCCACAUUCUGUCCGGCUCUUCCACUCUGGAUGUCCCCGCUCGGAGGAACCUGCUGCUGAGAACCAAAGAAGAUAAGAGGCCGGAUUAGUCUCCCCCCAGCCCAGCGCGGGACAUCAGGAGUCAGGCAUCUGCACCCCUAGUGGCUGGCCGCGGGCGCUGGUGAGGAGUUUCUGGUUCCCUCCAGCUCGCGGCUGCAGUGCUUGAUGGGGCUGCCUGUUGGUCCAUCAGUUUUUGCAGCACCCGGCAGGAGCGGAGAGCCGCGGGAAGAGGGCCUGCGGCACCCGAGUCUGGGCUCACCCCAAGACUAAGUUCUUUCCUGCGUUAGAGAGGGAGAGAGAAAGCAACAGAGAAAAAGAGAAACGUUCCCCCUUCCUGCCUUCCCUUCCCGUCAUGUCCUCUAAGUUGGAGCUGAAGGACGUCCACCAGCUGAACGGGACUGGCCCUGCCGCUGCUUCACCCUGCUCUUCCGAUGGCCCCGGGCGAGAGCCCUUGGCCGGGACCUCCGAGUUCCUGGGGCAGGAUGAGGCUGGGGUAGAGGUGGUGGUGAUCGAGUCUCGGGCCAACGCCAAGGGGGUUCGGGAGGAGGACGCCCUGCUGGAGAACGGGAGCCAGAGCAAUGAGAGCGACGACGUCAGCACAGACCGGGGCCCCGCACCACCCUCCCCGCUCAAGGAGACCUCCUUUUCCAUCGGGCUGCAAGUGCUCUUCCCCUUCCUCCUGGCAGGCUUCGGGACCGUGGCCGCGGGCAUGGUGCUGGACAUCGUACAGCACUGGGAAGUCUUCCAGAAGGUGACGGAGGUCUUCAUCCUGGUGCCCGCACUGCUGGGGCUGAAGGGGAACCUGGAAAUGACCCUGGCAUCGAGGCUGUCCACCGCAGCCAACAUCGGGCACAUGGACACACCCAAGGAGCUCUGGCGGAUGAUCACUGGGAACAUGGCUCUCAUUCAGGUGCAGGCCACAGUGGUGGGCUUCCUGGCGUCCAUUGCAGCUGUCGUCUUUGGCUGGAUCCCUGACGGCCAUUUCAGUAUCCCGCAUGCCUUUCUGCUGUGUGCCAGCAGUGUGGCCACGGCCUUCAUCGCCUCCCUGGUACUAGGUAUGAUCAUGAUUGGGGUCAUCAUUGGCUCUCGAAAGAUUGGAAUCAACCCAGACAACGUGGCCACUCCCAUUGCUGCCAGUCUGGGCGACCUCAUUACCUUGGCACUGCUUUCAGGCAUCAGCUGGGGACUCUACCUGGAGCUGGAAAACUGGAAAUACAUCUACCCCCUGGUGUGUGCCUUCUUCGUGGCCCUGCUGCCUGUCUGGGUGGUGCUGGCCCGGCGGAGCCCAGCCACAAGGGAGGUGCUGUACUCGGGCUGGGAGCCUGUCAUCAUCGCCAUGGCCAUCAGCAGUGUGGGAGGCCUCAUCUUGGACAAGACUGUCUCGGACCCCAACUUUGCAGGGAUGGCUGUCUUCACACCGGUGAUUAACGGUGUGGGGGGCAAUCUGGUGGCCGUGCAGGCCAGCCGCAUCUCCACCUUCCUCCACAUGAACGGAAUGCCCGGGGAGAACUCCGAGCAGGCCCCUCGCCGCUGCCCCAGUCCCUGCACCACCUUCUUCAGUCCUGAUGUGAAUUCUCGCUCAGCCCGGGUCCUCUUCCUUCUCGUGGUUCCGGGACACCUGGUCUUCCUCUACACCAUCAGCUGUAUGCAGGGAGGGCAUACCACCCUCACACUCAUCUUCAUCGUCUUCUACAUGACAGCCGCACUGCUCCAGGUGCUGAUUCUCCUGUACAUCGCUGACUGGAUGGUGCACUGGAUGUGGGGCCGGGGCCUGGACCCUGACAACUUCUCCAUCCCGUACUUGACAGCUCUGGGGGACCUGCUUGGCACCGGGCUCCUCGCACUCAGCUUCCAUGUCCUCUGGCUCAUUGGGGACCGAGACACGGACGUCGGGGACUAGCCUGGUCACUCAACCUUCUCCCCGCCCUCUGCACUUUCUUCGUGUCCCCCUCCCCGCACCCCACUCCACACUCCCACCUCUUUCUAGGACUUCACUUUGAUACCGAAUUCUCAUUAUUUUCAAUGGGAAUUUUUAUACAUUGAGCCAAGUUUGUACAGCAAAAAUUUUCAGGCAGGACAGAGGGACUGAGGCAAGCAGUACCAAUAGAUUUCUGAGACCAUCACCAAGUGCAAUUUCAUGGUGGGUGCCUCCAGGUGAGCUGGAUAGGGGCAGGGUUCUCGCCUGGGAUCUGGGAGCAUGUUUUGGCAAACUUAGCUUUGGCCCUAGUGAGAAACCCGUGGUGAGUUGGC